AUGUAUCUCCACUGUGAGCCUGCUGCUCUGAUGGGGGCCAUCUCUAGCGUUAACGAGGAUAUCAGUGCGGUCCUUGAGUGGACGCAGAGAAAUAAACUGAUUUUGAACUCUGACAAGGCAAUUAUUAUAAGGACAUCAAGGUUCAUAAACACUAUUGACUUGUCUGCCAUCCCGGAAAUUAAAGUGGAGCAGUCUAUUAUCAAGUAUUCCUCUCACAUCAGGUACCUUGGUGUCACCAUCAUGAACAAUUUAUCGUGGGAAAAGCAGGUUACAAGUAUGACGAAUAAUUGUAAAUUGUAUCAGCUGAAGCUGAGCAAACAUCUGCUUCCAGAUGCUCUGAAGAUCAGGCACGUUGUGUCAUUGAUCUUUCCGCAUAUUGAUUACUGCUGUGCGGUCUAUACUGACAUGACGGCCGAACUUAAUCUAAGGCUGUACAGAGCUAUUAACUCAUGCAUUAGAUUCAUUUUUAAUCUCAAAGCGGACAUUCACAUUACACCAUACUAUGAAAAACUUCGGUGGCUCAAGAUCACGUUACGACCGUUGACUGAACGAAACACUGACAAGGCGAGCUACGCGCGAAGCCCGAGCGACCGCGCAAUCACUUCAUUGCGAAAAUGCGGAAAUCAGGGCAAGCGGAAUAAGGAAAUUGCGAAAAUGCAACCAAAGAAGUCCUACUUAGAAGCGAAAUAA